AUGUCACUGCUAGCCCUUCCUGAUGAGAUAUUGCUUCGGAUAUGCAACUUGCUUGAUGUUUACGAUUUAUCCUCACUUGCCAAAGUUCCAGUGAUCGGGCCAAGAAUAGCUAGGUUUUACAUGUUUUAUCACGACGAGACAACAGAGGCUAGAGCUUUAGCCAGAAAACUAGAAGAUAACUCACCAGUCUACGUCUAUUCACUUGAAGAUUCUCCAGAAGACUAUGAUCCCUCAGAGAUAUGGUCCACUUUCAUCAUACUGGGUCAACCAAAUGAUCAAAUAAUUCUGGAUAAAAUAAAAGACAUGCCCCAAAAGGCAUCAAUCAAAAUCAUAUGCACUUCAAAAUCUUUAGUUAACCUCAUUGAAAGCCGCUCGAUAUUUGAGUCGUGUAGAAACACGGUAUCGAUUUGCUUUUUAAAUCUUUGGGAGCUAGGUAUGGUUCAAAUUACUGGGCUUGAUCCUGGGAGUUUGGACUUCCCAGAGCUUCAUGAGCUCACACUUGUGUGCUGUACAGCAACCAAUGACACUUCAAAGUUCAAAUUGCCAAAAAUUAGCUCAAUUUUAUUUGGGUGUAGUACGGAAAGUCUAUCAAUUCUCAAAAAUUUUGACUUUGAGAAAUAUGAUUUAUUGCAGUUGAUUAAACUGACAUUCCUGGAUUUCCAGAAUGAUGUCAAUAUUGGAGAUAUAACCUUCGGUAAAGCAAAAGAAGUUCAUCUUGCGUUAAAUCAUAAUGGAUUUCCAACAAAUAUAAGAGGACAUCUCAAAAACGUGUCAAUGGAGCAUGUUAGCUCACUGGUUCUUACAGAUUUCACUUCGCUUAUUGACAUUGAUGCUCCCAAUUUAACUGAAAUGACAAUUGAUAUAAACACGAGUUCUUUUACAAAAGUGAAGUUUUUGAAUUUUAAUGCCCCAAAGUUGUUGAGAAUUGGCACCACUAACCCAGACUUUGUGCUGUUUGAUACAUUUGAAAAUUUCAAUGCACCAUUAUUGAAAGAGAUUGAUAUCAACGAGUUAUCUCUAAGAGAUAAUCCUGAUUAUGUGUUUGAGAACCUGCGAACCAUAUCAACGGCUGAGUAUACAUUAUGGCAUGGUAAAUUUAACUCAUUGGUCUUGACCACAUUAGAGAUAAGUCUUGGUCCAUCAAUGGAACUGUAUAAUGACUUGAAGGCCACGGAUUUUCCAUCACUUCGAAACUUGCAGAUUCAUUCCCAUUCACCGUGUGAUCUUUCAAAGAUUCCUUUUGGUAAAACAUAUCCAAGCCUUUUACGCCUAGAGUUCUUUGGAUUUUAUAAUGUGCAAAGUGACACAUUAAAUCAGCUUUUAUCUAGGUGUCCCAAUUUAAAAGAACUUGAAAUGGAACCACAAGAUGCUGCUAUAACUAUAGACGGUGUUUCAUCUGAUACUUUAGAGGAUAUUCGCAUAUUCCCCAAUGAAGAUACUUUCCAAAAAUUUGAAAUGACAAACUGCCACUUUAAAAAAUUGAAAAAGUUUUUCAUCGCCCCUGAUACUGAUACGAGCAUGCCUGAUCAAUUUGAUAGAUUUUCUGGGAGAAUUGAAAUGAUUGCACCUAACCUUGAAUCAAUAUUAGUUGGUUUGGAGAUGGAGAGUAUUGAUAUAUCGAAAUUCAAAACAACCAAGCUUAAAAGGGUUCUUUUAAGAGGUCCAGUAUCCGAAAUUGAACUAGGUGAUAUCCAAGAUCUCAAAGAUUUAAAUUUAUUUUAUCCAUUCACUAAGCUUGGAUUUGGACAAGAGCCAGCAGCACUCCAUAACUUCACCUUACCGGAUAGACUAAACUUUCCAGCUGUUUCAGAAUAUGCUGUGAUGAGGCUGAUGUCCAUCUAUCGUAAUACAGCUCUAAAACGAAACAUAAUAUAG